CUUCAGGCCGGGCCGGGGUCGGCGGGCUCGGUGUCCCCCGUGGCAGGCAGGCUGGGCGGCCGGGGGGUCCUCACCUGUUUCAACAUCCCGCAGCCAGGCCGGAGGCGGCACGACACCAUGGGGCUGGGCGGGGGCGAAGGCUGCACCCCGCGUCCGCCGAUCCGCCCGCAGCCCGCGUCCGAGCGCCGCGUGGUCACCGUGGUCUUCCUGGGCCUCCUGCUUGACCUCCUGGCCUUCACGUUGCUGCUGCCCCUGCUGCCCGGGCUGCUGGAGGGCCACGGCCGCGCCCAGGACCCCCUCUAUGGCUCGUGGCAGCGCGGGGUGGACUGGUUCGCCUCGGCCAUCGGAAUGCCAGCUGAGAAACGGUACAACAGCGUCCUGUUUGGAGGUCUGGUGGGCUCCGGCUUCUCCGCUCUGCAGUUCCUCUCGGCCCCGCUCUCGGGCGCCGCCUCUGACCGCCUCGGGAGGCGCCCGCUGAUGCUGCUGUCCUUGGUGGGUCUAGUCACCUCCUAUGCUGUGUGGGCCGCCUCAAGGAGCUUCGCCGCCUUCCUGGCCUCCAGAGUGAUCGGAGGCAUCAGCAAGGGGAACGUCAGCCUGUCCACGGCCAUCGUUGCUGACCUGGGCUCACCCGAGGCCCGCAGCCGAGGCAUGGCUGUCAUUGGGGUGGCCUUCUCACUGGGCUUCACGUUGGGUCCCCUGCUGGGCGCUGCCCUGUCACUGGAGACGGCACCCUGGCUGGCACUGCUCUUCGCCACCUCCGACCUGCUCUUCAUCUUCUGCUUCCUGCCAGAGACGCUGCCCCAGGAGCGGCGGGCACCCUCCAUCACCCCGGGGUUCCGAGCCACUGUAGACCUGCUCAGCCCCCUGGCCCUACUCCGCUUCUCAGCCGUGGCCCGUGGCCAGGAUCCACCGGCCGGAGACAGGCUCCGCAGCCUGCGCCAACUGGGCCUGGUCUACUUCCUCUACCUCUUCCUGUUCUCGGGCCUGGAGUACACGCUGAGCUUCCUCGCCCACCAGCGCUUCCAGUUCAGCAGUCUUCAGCAGGGGAAGAUGUUCUUUUUCAUUGGCCUCACCAUGGCUGCUGUCCAGGGCACCUACGGCCGGCGCAUCCGCGCUGGCAGGGAGCUUUCAGCAGUGAAGCGGGCCAUCCUACUGCUGGUGCCAGCCUUCCUCCUCAUCGGCUGGGGGCACUCACUGCCCGUGCUGGGCCUGGGGCUGCUGCUCUACUCCUUCGCUGCUGCUGUAGUCGUGCCCUGCCUGUCAUCCAUGGUCGCCGGCUAUGGCUCAGCAGGGCAGAAGGGCACUGUUAUGGGUACGCUGCGGAGCCUGGGUGCUCUGGCCCGGGCAGUGGGUCCUGUCGUGGCCGCCUCAGUGUACUGGCUAGCAGGGGCCCAGGCCUGCUUCGCCGUGUGUGCUGGGCUCUUCCUGCUCCCCUUCCUGCUCCUGCACCAUCUGAGGCCACCGCCCCUCAAGGACGAGUAGCUGGACCUGCCUGCCGCCCCAGACCACAGGAGCACCCCAAUGCAAGAGCGCUGCAGCAGGAAGCAGAGGCCCAGACCCCUGGCUUCCUCCCUGGGCCAGAUGCGGGGCGGCUGAACCACCACUGGCAGCGUGGACCUCCAGUGGCAGGAAGCCUGUGCGGUGCCCCCAGGCCGCCCUGUCUGCUCACUCCCCCGGGGACUCACAGACGGCAGCUUCCCGGCCCGAGCUGGUUCUCACUCCCAGCAGGGUCAGUAACUCCGAAGUCUCCCUGGCUUUUUGUUCACCUGUUUUGUAACAAUGACACACUCCUCUGUGACCAAAUAAACCAGCUAUUUUAUACCAA